AUGCGAUGCGAGCACGCCCGAACCUUCGUAAAAGUGAUAACUCCUUUGCGUUAUGGGGCUAGCAAUACCUCGACUCCCAAGGCGAGACGCUACCAGACUUCGAGCACAUCGCACCCCGACUUUGGAAACCAUUGCAAUGAGGGACUCUUAGACUGCAGUUUGUGCUGGACAUUGGCCUGUGUCUCAUCAGACACUACCCGACCUUCAGCAGAACCCACUCUCUGUAACCAUGGAGCCCUCGAACAAAACGACGCAAGGACAAGCACCCACGGGAGCGCCGUUAUCAACGAAAAGACCGCAAAAAUCGCGCAACCUCACCACUACCAGGAUUCCCACGUGAGUCAACACCUCAGCCUGCGACAGCCGUCGCCGCGAGCAGACAGCCCCCCAGACCUACCUACCCAGCAAAAAACACCACCAACUUACCCAGACAACCACACGAAAAGCCCGGAAGCAAAUUUCCAAAGUCCCCACGGAUCCGAUCACAAGCUGCCCAUGCUCCAUUCAGAUAGUAAGGAAAUGGAGGAGGUAUCGAGAAUUCACUUUAUCAACAGCUUAUUGCAGAACACGGGACAGGGACAGGUGCCGAAGGUGGUAAAUGUGAAGGGGGCUAUGGACCAUCCUGAGAGCGACUACAUACAACGCGUGCUAAGCGAACCGCUGAAGGAUGCGCUCUCAGCUGUUGUGCUCUACCAACCGCUCGAUCCCAUUGAGUUUCUCGCAAACUACCUCAAGUACUGGGCCAUUAAAGUUAGAGACUACCGCUGUCGGAAAUUCGCAAUCUUUGAAAUGGAACGAAUUUUGGCCCUACAAAUACCCUUCAAUAUACGACUCCAGGCUGAACGUGCUAUUCGUGCAGAACAGAACUUCUUGAAGGGUGAACGAAUGCGUGUGGAGGAAGAGGAGAAGCGAAGACUGGCGGAACUACAGCGACGCCGCGAGUUAACGGAAACGAAGGCGACGAUGGCUACGAACGCGAUGCGCUCGCAGGUAUGGCCGCUGGUGAUGGAAGAGGUGAUUGAUAUGGCCACCGAAGUUGCCUUCAAGGUCUGGUGGCGAAUGGAGCGCUCGCGCUUAAAGGCGGAGAGAGCGGCUCGUCUUGCUGAGAGCAGGAAAAUGGAUGGGAAUGAGAUGGGAGAAGAAGGGAUGGAAGAGGAGGAGGAAGGAGAUGAGGAUGAGGAUGAGGAAUAA